AUGGAAGUUAUUAUAAGAAAAAUAGUGUAUUUAAACAUGAUCUUCUUAGAGAAACAAUCACAGAACGUUAAAUUUCAUACAGAAAUAGACGCCACACAAAGCCGGGAUCUAAAUCAUCUAGAUCAUCCCCUUGGAAGUAAGUCUGGCAGAAGUAGUAGAAGGAAAGUUGCCCACGGCCAAAAACAUCAGGGGACGAGAGAUAGAGAUGCAAAAAUCAAGACCAAAAAAGACUUGAAGGGAGAAAAUGAUUUCUACAUUGAAGAAAACGAUGAGCCAAAAGAGAAGCUGUAUAUUGUGGAGAUACGGGACUUUGGGGACGGAAAGAAGAGCGGUGAACGGGAAAAAGAUGAUGAGCCAAAAACAGCAGAUACCGAGACUGUUCAGAGAUUUAGAAGAGGCCCUUACAGACAUUUGCUGCAAUUUCAGGGCGAAGAAAAUAUCCCUCCGCAAGGCUACAUACCAGGUUUGAGUUUGAGCACAGACAGCUUAUGUGUUUUAAUGCUGCUCCUGACCACACGUGAACGAUAUAGAACGUUUUCACUCACGUGACCAGGGGCUAUGCAAAUUAAUUGGAACAAAUGAAAGAGUUUACACAUGAAAAAGGUUCAAAUCCCACAGGAUCGGUUUGGUACACCAACAAAUUAAGAAUUAUUGUAGCAGGAGAAAGGUGUAAUGUUAGAGGAGAAUAUUUUGAAAGAGGCUCCACGUCUGAAUAAAAAAUAGUCAGAGGCUAUCAAACUUUAGGCGGAGAAUUCUCUGAUCUCCGAUGCCUAAUGAACACCCUGGCCGCCAACAUGGCCGCCGUUUCAUAGUUUUGGACACCAAUAUGGCGGACGUGACGUCAUGUAAGAAUGCUCUAUAGGCGAUCUCGUAAAAGGUCCCCAGAUGGGUCUCUCGAUGGGUUGUAAACAGAUGAUAAAGUAUCGUUCCUUUGUGAAAGCCUUAACUCACGGAUCAUUAUACGUUUCUGGGAAACUGCCCACCUACCCCUCCCUUAAGCAACCUUUUUUUCCUAAGUGAGAAGCAAGUGUUAAUGUUGGCUUAGGGGAGGGGUAGGAAGGCAGUUUCCAACUCGGAUUUACACUAAGCAUUUAUUCCUCUUUCAGUAUCCUCCAUACAAUGCUCCCAUCCAGCAGUUCCUGAAAAAAUAGAUGAUGAUACCAUAAUAUAUCUCCGAGAUGAAUGCCGCUUGUGCCAUUGCAAGACGGGUGAGCUUAUCUGUGCAGUGAGGCCUCAAUCCUGUGAUCAACAUCGCACCAACAGGUCAUGUUCCAUGGAGAAUGGCGAAAUAGCAGACGGGGAAAGGCAUUUUGACGGAUGUAAUCAUUGCUUGUGUCGUAAUGGUGAGAUUUUUUUUUCCACAGUACUUAAAUUUCCCCAGAGGUCAGACGAAGAGCUACAUUUGUGAGGGGAAAUGGCUGGCUUUUGUUCUUUAGGGUCACUUUUCCUCCAGAAAGACACGUUGUUUAAUAUGUUUUGGGUGAUGGAGCAAACGCACACAGUCUAUUUUUCUGCGCUCGAUAAAAACGCACAUUCAUUCAGCCUAUGAAAGCUAACAGUUCAUCAAAAUCAUGUAGAUAAUAACGUAAAAUUAAGGGCUUGUUUACAUGGAGGUGGCGGACCCCAGAUAGGUGAGGUAACGUGCGGCGGGUCACCCCACCUAUCAUGCAAACGUGAUCAAAUUAAAGUGAGAGAUUACAUGGACAGGCGGGUUACCCCACCUAAGCGGGUUACUUCACCUACCUGGGGUCCCCCACCUCGAUGUAAACAGGCCCUAAAAAACACCCCGUACGUUUAUUGUUUAAGAUUUUUUAUCAUUAAUGAAACAAAGCCUGUGUUGUUUUAUCACAUCUCUCAGUACGCGCGCUGUGAUUCGUCAAUUUCGAGGGCCGCUAAUUUUGAUAACUUGUAUUCCUGCGCGCGCGAUUUAAAAAAGUAUAAUGAACAUCUUCCUUACUUAUAUCUAAAUUAAGGAUCCUCGUUUUUCUUCUCGCUGAUGUACGACCUACGUUCAUGCUAACUAACACUGCGGACCGAGAGAACGAGAUUAGUAAGAGUACUUACACAGCCUGAUAUUUUUGUCCUUUGCAAUUUAUUUUGUGGUAGAAAAAUAAACAAAAUACAAAAAAAGCAAGUUAGAGUAAGCUCUUUGACAGCGGAAAGACCAAAAGCGAGACGGUUCUGGGCCCAGUCGUUGGAACGUUGGUUAGAGCUAACCCGGGGUUAAAUUUUUACCCCGGGUUUCUUUUUCUAUGUGUCAAAAGCAUUCCCUCGGAUAAUGUUCUCUAUUCUUUUUAGAGUAUCCAAUCAACAAUUUUAGGAAAAGACAAUUAAACUGAAUUUGCCUUUUAAGCUCUCAUAUCUGAGUUCAAAUUUCGCACUAACACUAGGUUACCUUAACCCAGCUUUGAACAACCCGGCCUUGAUGGAAAAAUCAGCAACAUAUCAUCACAUAAGACUAAGAAUCCAAAACAUGAGAGAGGAAAAAGAGAACUGAACUUGAAAAAACAUUCUCUGGGAUCUCAAAGGGCGUGGGGAUAGUAUCUUAUCUAAAGUAUAGUUUCCUAUAAGUAAUGAAAAACCAAAAGAGUGUACAACACGAGCGCGCGUGAAAAUCACUCCACGCGAGGAAAGCCUCGCGCGUGGUGUGAUUUUCACGCGCGUUCGCGUUUCGCUCGCUCUACUAUCCCUGAGGAAAAAUUGGGACUUCUCGUAGUCUAAAAAGAGUGUGGUGGUGUUUAUUUUUCUACUUUUCAAAUUGUUCUCUUUGUAAGGUGAACUGCUCUGCACUCGCGUUCGAUGUCCGUCUGCAAAUUACAACUAUACCCAUUACCCAAAGGGCAUCAGCGAUACACAGGAAAACGGAACCAGAGGUAAUGUAUUGGAUAGGACCAUGAGAGGCAAGGACUCUUGCAUGGAGUGUGAUUAUGACCCUAUUUUCCCUGUCUGUGGACCCAACUGGAAGACGUACCGAUCGAUGUGCCACGCCCUUUAUUGUGGGGAUCUGAGAAUCGAGAAUGUUAAAGAGGGAUCUUGUGAGACCAUGGUUAGUAAAAAUAAAUUUUCACAUUUAAUCACAACGUUUUGCGCGAUGAAAAUAAACACCAUUAGACCAUUGCUUGCGAAAAAUCUUCUAAAUAUAAUGCAACCGUUUUAGCUUCUGAGGCAUAAGGCAUUGUUGAUAUAUUAAUUCCUUGUCUCAACAAUUAUAUUCAAAAUAGUAAAGCUAUCAACUCCCUUUAUAACGGAGACUGUAGGGACCUCGAGUUAUUGUCCUCAUUAGCGAGAGUCCAUAAUAGCAGGAGUUUAUUUCAGUCAAACUUCUGUAAUUUACUUUUAGCCUGGGAUUUAGCUUCGGUCCCUAUUAUCGGGGUAUCCGUUAUAGCGACGUUUCCGCAAGUCGAGAGUUGACUGGAAAUUGUUUACUUCUUGUCAGUGAAAUAAGAAAUGAACUGCAAAGUUAGCCCUGGUAAUUCAUGAGGAUCUAUAGGAAGUAUUCGGUAAAUAUCGUUUUGUGAUCAUUCUCAACCCAGUUAGAGAUAACAUUUUGAUUCAUUUUAUCUUUCUAGAACCCUUGCGACGAUGCUAAAUGCCCAGACCAUGAAAUAUGUGUUGCUAAGAUACAAGGCCCGUGUUUGACGAGUACAACAACUGAUGGAGACAUAGUGGAGUGUCCGCAAUACCGAUGUGGUAACUAAAAAUUUAUUACAAAAAUAAGACACAUUGACGCAAACGACACAUUUUAGGUAACUCACGAGUCUUCACACUAGUAUAGUAUCUGUCACUUCAUGUUAUCUUUCCAUGAUAAUUCUCGUAAAGCGAGGACAGCAAGUCGCGCGCGCAGCGCGUGGAUCGUGCGUGGAUCACGUCCAAAUCCGAAUAAUUUCCCUCGCCUAAAGCCUCAGCAAAUUAUUAGAAUUAUGAGAAAACAUGCGUAAAAUUAUUCCCUAAUUUCACUCGUCACCAUUUGAUUACAUAUACUAAUAACGCAGAGGUGGCAUCAUUAUCCUCGGAUUCGUUUUUUCCAUGUGAGCAAUAGGGCAGGGCCCCGGGGGCAGGGCAGUAAGUGGACCCAACUGGAAGACGUACCGAUCGAUGUGCCACGCCCUUUAUUGUGGGGAUCUGAGAAUCGAGAAUGUUAAAGAGGGAUCUUGUGAGACCAUGGUUAGUAAAAAUAAAUUUUCACAUUUAAUCACAGCGUUUUGCGCGAUGAAAAUGAACACCAUGUGACCAUUGCUUGCGAAAAAUCUUCUAAAUAUAAUGCAACCGUUUUAGCUCUGAGGCGUAAGACAUUGCUGAUAUAUUAUUUCCUUUUUUCAAAAAUUAUGUUCAAAAUUGUAAAGCUAUCAACUCCCUUUAUAACGGAGACUGUAGGGACCUCGAGUUAUUGUCCUCAUUAGCGAGAGUCCAUAAUAGCGGGAGUUAAUUUCAGUCAAACUUCUGUGAUUUAUUUUUAGCCUGGGAUUUAGCUUCGGUCCCUAUUAUCGAAGUAUCCGUUAUAGCGACGUGUCCGCAAGUCGAGAGUUGACUGUAAAUUGUUUACUUUUUAUCAGUGAAAUAAGAAAUGAACUGCAAAGUUAGCCCUGGUAAUUCGUGAGGAUCUAUAGGAAGUAUUCGGUAAACAUUGUUUUUUGAUCAUUCUCAACCCAGUUAGAGAUAACAUUUUGAUUCAUUUUAUUUUUCUAGAACCCUUGCGACGAUGCCAAAUGCCCAGACCAUGAAAUAUGUGUUGCUAAGAUACAAGGCCCGUGUUUGACGAGUACAACAACUGAUGGAGACAUAGUGGAGUGUCCGCAAUACCGAUGUGGUAACUAAAAAUUUAUUACGAAAAUAAGACACAUUGACGCAAACGACACAUUUUAGGUAACUCACGAGUCUUCACACUAUAGUAUCUGUCACUUCAUGUUAUCUUUCCAUGAUAAUUCUCGUAAAGCGAGGACAGCAAGUCGCGCGCGCAGCGCGUGGAUCGUGCGUGGAUCACGUCCAAAUCCGAAUAAUUUCCCUCGCCUAAAGUCUCAGCAAAUUAUUAGAAUUAUGAGAAAAUAUGAGUAAAAUUAUUCCCUAAUUUCACUCGUCACCAUUUGAUUGCAUAUACUAAUAACGCAGACGUGGCAUCAUCAUCCUCGGAUUCGUUUUUUCCAUGUGAGCAAUAGGGCAGGGCCCCGGGGGCAAGGCAGUACGUUAACACUCUUCAUUGUAGAGUAUGCAAUUCUUUUGGCCGGAAGAAUUAGAAUCCCUUGCCAGUUUCAAAUAGCAGGCAAGUCUAAAAGCUGAGCAACAAACACUCUAUGAGCAGUACACGUCGCUGGUUUGUCAUGAGUCAUGUAUUAUCUCUUUUAUAGUCAAUCCCAGUAAGGACUGUAGCGUGGAUCUGGAUAGUGACGUAUGCGGUGAAGAUCAUAAAACCUACAAAAGCGAGUGCGCUUUGUCUACACGAGGAAUUUCUUUGGCUUAUUAUGGACCCUGUAAAGGAGAAUGUUUUGUGGAUGACACGCGGGUAAGUUGCUCAUUUAUUUUAAAAAUGCUGCUAAGUCACUUAACAAAUGCAGUCACUGUAACAAGACAUGCGAAGCGUGCGCAUUAGUCACGCAAGUUAUUCAAGGAAUUUCGUCAAACAUAUGUAUUCCGGGAUUUCCGCCGAGACAACUUGUGCAAUCAGCAACAGAGAAACAUGCCUUCCUCAUGAUAUAGGCAGGAUAGAAGUAAGGAUUGUACGUAUUUCGGUUUGAUAUUUUAGUGAGCCGACCAAAAGAAUUAUCCUUGGGCCGAAGUUCCCAGUAUGAGUGUUCACGUCCGGCGCGCUUUUUGUCGCUUCAACUAGGUUACCAUAGCCUACCAUUUCUAUUAUGUAUGAACUGUACUCACAGGUCUCGUUUGUCUAGAUGUGCGGUGUGGAUGGCGUGACAUUUGCUAGCAGUUGUCACGCCGCUCGUCUCAACAGUCACGUCGAUUAUCCCGGACCAUGUGACCAGGUGGACCCCAAGAACAACGUUAUGAUGAACAGUAAAGACCCCGGUGCAAACUAUAACCGCCGGUGCAAAACUGUCGAGGAACUUGCUCGCUGCCCAGAAAUUGCUUGCUCAAAACACGUUAUAUCAGAGGGAAGCUGUUGUCGAGCUUGUGGUAAGUGAUUCUCAAUCAGGAUAUGAAACAAUUAGUUUCAUUUUACAAAAAAGAGUUUAGUCUGACUAUGGCCGACUCAUAACUACAUAUGUAUCUGCGACCAAACAAAACCCGUCAAUACAGACACCAAACCAAACCCCGUCAAUACAGACACUAAAGGGGAAGUGAAAAUAGCCAUCUUUUGUUAGAGCAAAAUACAAAACAAAUAAAAGAGGACGGAAGCAUCGUCAAAUUAAACAUCUCUGCCCUUCAAAAAGCUGUCAUUCCACGGUCUAAAUCCGCAGAAACACUCAAAAAUCGAUCAUUAUUAUGCUACUUAAUCAAAACCGUUCUCUGCAUAAAUUCGCUUGAUGCCAAAAUAGUCUAAAAUUGACGUCUAUAAUUCAUCCGGUCCUGUUAACUGAAGCGCUUGGAACAUCGACAUUGUCCGCGUUAGCGAGGUUGACUUUCAAAGAGAAUCUGUUGAUUGGGCAAAAACAAGCGUCCGUUGUCCGCAUUAGUGGGUGUCCGUAUUAAGCGGGUUGAAUUUAGAGAAAAUGUAAGGGCUUUCCUUAGGGGCAAAGAAAACUGUCAGUAAUAAUGAGGUGUCUGUAUUAAGCGGGUGUCCGUAAAGCGGGGUUCGAGUGUAUUCUGUUUCAUUGUCCCAAAAAGCAUAUCCCACGCAUGAGUCCAAUUUUUCUUGGAACUUCAUCAAGUCAUUUUUGUUUUUGCAGGCACCGCAAUAAGCAUUCGACUGGACAUCGCCGCAAGAGACAUGGCCACUUUAAAAAUCGCUGACGACAAGCCCUACUACAAUCUCAACAGGCUUGACUUAAUCCACAACACCCUCAAAUCUCUGUUUCCUAACGGCAAUAGAUGUCAGCUGACCACAGAUCUCGUGGACACCAACGACAUCUCCGUCGUCUUUUCGUCGAUCAAACCCGAGGAUUUGGACACCUGCGAGCAAGUGGCGCGAAAAACCGUCGACCUUAUCAACUCUCCCUCCAAAAAUGAUCUGGACCCGGGGCAGGCGUUACUCGCCGCCGCUGUUGUCGUGGAACAGUCGGAAGAAAACUUCGUACUCACGAUUGAGUCUUUCGCUUCGGUAAUGGUAACACAGCGAAAAAGAAGGGCGUCUCACCACGAGCAUGAACCAAUGUUCAGUCAAAAUACACGGAUUUGUCCUCAAAACAUCAUUUUCUUGUUUCUAGUGACGGUAGGUUUGCACUGGACUACAAACCUGGCCGACAACUGA